AUGGCUGCCAAGUGGCUCAAUAGUGUAGAUAUUGAUUUUGGGGUUCAAUUCCCGAGAUUGAGUAUGCGUACAGUUCAUGGUUUCGUGCGUAGUUUGAAGGUUGAGCCACAGGAUCUCUUAGGCCUAGUUGCUGUUUUUUUGUCCCAACACAGUGGUAUCGUCAGGACCGAAUUGGAGGGGAAAGAAGUUUGCGUAGUCAUAAGGGAUAGCAAUAUCCAAGAGAAAUUUGUUCGAAUUGCAGGGAUUCCACAGAAUCUAGACUUGGGAGUAGUUCAGACCCGUCUAAAGAACUUUGGGAAUGUAAUUGAAGCUCGGUGGGAACGCUAUCGGGUGUCAGAGGAUGAAGUUUUAUACCCUGUCCUUGCCACUUGGAUGAUCGUACGAAUGACGGUGACGAAAAACAUUCCGUCAUACAUUACAAUUGGGAGUUAUCGUGCCAUGGUAAAGUAUGACGGACAAAAGCCUACUUGCAGACUUUGUGACGAUGAGACCCACUUUAGCUACAACUGCCCGACAUUAAAACGAAACGUACCUUUGGAGGGUGAAUUGCAAGAUUCACCCUCAGGAGGGACUCAAAAUUUGGAAACUGAAACCAUGGAAUGUAGCACUCUUACCAGUUCCUUGACUGUACCUUCUGAAGACAACCCUUCGAAACCAAUUAUGAAAUCCCAAAUGACAGCCCCUGACACAGAGACACAAGACCAAGAACCAAUGACAAUUAUAAUGGAAUCGAUGGAACCCGACAUGGGGGAAAUUGAGACCAUGGGACCUGACAAAACAAAGGACCCCCUGAGAAUUCCCACGGUACCACGAAACAAACGCUUCAAACCUACUUUGACGGCCCAGAAUUCUAAACCUUCCUCAGGCAUUCACCGACUCAUAAAAACCUAA